UCAUUCAUUAGCUAGAGAGAGAAUCCAAACGUCUGCCGUUGGUGUCCAGACCAGAACAUCUCUACGGCGGAUUUGGCGACGGGGGCAUCUUUCUCUCUUCUCCUCCUCCUCAGAUCACUCUAAUUAGGGUUUCAAGGGAGAAGAAUGUCCUCCAACCCAGAAAUAGACGACCAACCCAGCUCUCCAUCCUCGCCGAAGAAUAUAUACAAGGACCCUGAUGACGGGCGUCAAAGGUUCUUGCUUGAGUUGGAAUUCGUUCAAUGUCUCGCCAAUCCCACUUAUAUCAACUAUUUGGCUCAAAAUCGCUACUUUGAAGAUGAAGCUUUCAUUGGCUAUUUGAAGUAUCUACAGUAUUGGCAACAGCCAGAAUACAUUAAAUUUAUUAUGUACCCACAUUGUCUGUCCUUUCUUGAGCUUCUUCAAAAUGCAAGCUUUCGCAAUGCAAUGGCACAUCCUGGCAAUAAGGAAUUGGCACAUAGGCAGCAGUUCUACUAUUGGAAGAACUAUAGGAACAACAGGUUGAAGCAUAUUUUACCUCGGCCUCUUCCAGAACCUGCACCCCUAACUGCAACUCCAGCAACAAUACCACCACAACCGCCUGUGGGACCCACUAAUGUUCCUCUGUCUGCCGCCCCACCUCCUCCUCUUCCUGCUCCCGUUUCUGGUCCUUCUGCUUCUUCUACUGCUCUUUCCCCAAUGCAAUAUGGUAUUCCUGCUGGAUCAUCCUCCAUUGGGAAAAAUGAUAUGAGGAACAGUGCAGUUGAUAGAAGAAAGAGGAAGAAAGAAGGAUGAUUGUAUUAUCUAUUUACUUAACCUGGAUCCUAGGAGGAAAAUUCUGUUGUAUGAUGACACACUUCAUUACUGCUUCCAGAUUCAGCCGUGGAUGAUCAAUUUGUCUAAAGCUAUCGAGGGUCGAGACCUGUUUUUUAACUGCCUGCCAUCUAAAAACACUUUUUUAUACAGUGUUAGAUUAUGUUUCAUCACUAGGGUUGUUGUCACAACUUGAUUCUUGUGCUCUACCAAUAUACUAUGUUUUUCAUGUAGAUUCAUUCUUCUCCCUUUUUUAGUCCCCUAUGGAGGAAACUAGUGAGUAGUGACUAUGCUUUUCUUCUUCAUUCAUCUUUACAAAUUUUGUCAUGCAAUAUAAAUUUUGCCCAAGCUUAGUUUGAUAUUUUGAA